GGCUGCAGCAGCGCCAUUACCGCGCGCCGACACAACACGCAUGCGCGGUUGCCUCGCGAUUCCGCGCCAAAUUUCGGAUGACAAUUUAUAUCCUUCGUAAAUAAAAAAGCUUUUUCAAAUAAAAUUAAUGUUACCAAAUAGUUUUUUAAGUUAGUUGUGUUGUGCUUUAUACUUUAAAAAAAGGAGUUUGGAAAUAGCAAAAUGAAGUACAAGGUCAAGGACAUCGAUUCAGAGAGCCAACACUCCGCCGGCAUACCAGAUAAUAAACUCGAAGAGAAACUAGAGCGUACAGUACGAUGUUCAUCGGUGAUGAUUGGUGCGCUCGGGUUGUCAUUAAUCGCGUUGGCCAUUUACACCACGGUGUUGGUUCUUACCGAGUACAGGAGCCCACGGCCCUGCAUUAGCGAAGAGUGUGUUGGUACUGCCAACAGAAUACUUCAAGCCUUAAACAAAGAAGUGGACCCUUGCCAAGAUUUCUACGAAUUUGCCUGUGGCGGUUGGAUCGAGAAGAAUCCUGUACCUGACUGGGCGACAUCCUGGGACCAGCUGGCAAGGCUCCGGGAACGCCUGGUGACAGAUUUGAAAGACUUGUUGGAAGCUAAAGACGCUGAAGACCUGCCUCAGAGUGUGAGAAAAGCCAAGGUGUUGUACAGGACCUGCGUUGACAUUGACAAGUUAGAAGAGAAAGCGACCAAGCCCAUACAAAAUCUCCUGAAGAGACUAGGUCUUCCACCAAACCCCCCUGUCGAAGCCAGCGCCAAUUUCUCCUGGGAAGACGUAGCUGGUCGUGGGAGACGUAUGCUGGGGCUAAACGUGCUGCUCAGUGUCCAGGUUGCUGAGGAUGUCAGGAAUACUAGCAGAAAUCGGGUUGUGAUCGAACAAGUAUCGCCCGGGUUCAGCGAGCGCUACCUACUGCAGCCCGAACAGUUCGCACAUGAGCUUGAGCAGUACCACAAGUAUAUCAAACAGAUGAUUAUCAUCGCUGACCCCACCGCCAACGCGCAGAGCUUCGCUGACGACAUCAUCACCCUUAGCAAGAACCUCGCUAAGAUAAUGACUCCGGUCGAAGUAAGACGUAGCGGAACCCAUCUGUUUCACGAAGUCAGUGUUUCGCAGCUCAUAACGGGGUCUGGAGGAGGUCCUGCUCAAUGGAAAGAGCAUGAUUGGGAGAAAUACCUGACGCUGGUAUUCGCAAACACGAGCGUAACCCUGCAGCCGCAAACAGACCGUGUCAUCGUCAUGGACCUGCCCUAUCUACAGAAACUCGCAGUUCUUUUGUCCGAUACGAAACCUAUCUUGAUCGAACGAUUCCUUUGGUGGAGCGUCUUCUCUACCGUGGCUCCCAUGACUCUCAGUGCCUUCAGAGACUUGGGCUUUGAGUUCUCUAAAGCAGUGUUUGGUUUGCAACAACGGACUCCGAGAUGGAAAAGUUGUACUGCCAACGUUAACGCAAAUUUUGGAGUCGCCUUGAGCUAUCUUUAUGUCAAAAGACAUUUCGACCAGACUUCUAGAAAAAAGGCCAUAGAAAUGAUUGAAGACGUCCGAGAGGCCUUCGCCGCGGCAGUCGAUCAACUAGACUGGAUGGAUACCACCACUAGAGUCAAGACUCUUAACAAGCUUCGAGCCAUCAGGAACUUUGUCGGCUUCCCCUCCUGGUUGUUGACACACGACCAGCUCGAUAAGCAUUAUAAACACGCUGAAGUGGUGGAAGGAGAUUUGUUCGAGACGUACUUGAAACUAACCGGGUCGGCUGUCAAGAAGUCUUUUGACACCUUGCGAGAACAACCAGAUAGGAAUCGAUGGGUAGCCACAGCGACUACUGUAAACGCCUUCUAUUCAGCUACAUUAAAUUCAGUCACCUUCCCAGCUGGUAUACUCCAGCCACCUUUCUACGGAAACGGAAUUGAAGCAAUCAACUACGGAUCUAUUGGUGCCAUAAUGGGUCAUGAAGUCACCCACGGAUUUGAUGACCAAGGCCGCCGCUACGAUGAAGAGGGCAACUUGAAGCAGUGGUGGUCUGCCGCGACACUGGAGCACUACCAUGGCAAGGUCCAGUGCAUCAUCGACCAGUACAGCAAGUACCAUAUGCCGCAGCUACCCAACUACACCGUGCACGGGUUCAACACGCAGGGCGAGAACAUCGCCGACAACGGCGGGCUGCGCGCGGCGCUGAACGCGUACGCGCUGUUCGCGGGGCGCCACCCCGCCGCGCGCCGCGACGCGCUGCCCGGCCUGCCCACCUAUAAGCCCGAGCAGCUCUUCUUCUUGGGCUUCGCACAGAUAUGGUGCGGCAACUCAACAAUGGGGGCUUUAAAAUCCAAAAUAGUAGAAGGGGUGCAUAGCCCGAACAAAAUCAGAGUAAUUGGGACCUUGAGCAACUCCAAGGAGUUUGCAGAAGCUUGGCAAUGUCCAAAAGGAUCACCCAUGAACCCUGAACAUAAGUGCAUACUAUGGUGAUCGUCAUGUGAUGUUAGUUAUAAGAGAACCAAAGACAUUUAUUCUCUAGGUUACCUACAAGUUACCGCCUUAGGUUUAAGAUAAUGCAAACAUAUUUUUAUAUCGACUUAUAGUGAUGCACUCAACGUUACGGGCUCGCAUUUACACUAUUUUAUAAUUGUUUUAAUGAUAGGCUAUCUGUUUUAAGUAUAGCAAUGCAAAUUUUUGUGCUGUGUUAUGUAGAAAUAUUAAACGAAGUAAAGAGGAACGAACUCAAAAAAUUGCUACAAAUGGAAGCAUAAAAAAUGAA